UCAGAUUUGAUAACGAAAGCAUAGAAACUUGAAUAAUUCACGAUCGAUAUGAUGUACACUCGAACCAUGGUCGCAUCAAUUGCGGCACUGGCCACAUUUGCUGAUGCCGCUUGUGAUAUCACGCUUUCGCUCUUAGAAGACGUUGACUACGGCCCAAAUGUGCCUGCGAAUGGAGCAGACCUCCCCGCGGUCAUAAUCACUAACGCCCGUGCGGGAGAUACGCUUGGUGGACCAGCAUCAACAGAUUCAAAGUGUGUAUACUAUUAUGAGCCCGACUCGAUCCAGCUAGCAACGAACGUUUCGUAUGAUGGCAUGGCCCAAUUUGUAGGUCCUAAUUGGCCGUAUGUGGAGACAGACGCAGGUUGUGCAGUUAGCUUCGACGAUUCGGUUCCAGCGGAUUCUAUCUUCCGAAUGGACGGAUAUGUUACCGUUUCUGUUUAUGAGGGUGUAUUGUUCGGUGGUCUGCCUACCUAUUUCUGGCCUGAUGACACUCCGGGAGUAGGCCCUGCUAUGGAAGGUCUUACGUGCGUAUGCAAUUUCGGACCCUGGUCUUCAGUCGAUGAGACAGGGCAAGGUGCACACUUCGAGGUCGAACAAAGCCUUCCCGAGAUGGAAAGUGAUAGAAUCGAUACAGUUGCCUCUGAAGAGGCCUCCGUUGCCGAACCAACCUGUGCUAUCAUGCUGUCGCUACUAGAAAAUAUCGACUACGGCUCGAAUGUGCCUGCGAACGGGGCAGACCUCCCCGCGAUCAUAAUCACAAACGCCCGUGCCGGUGAUACGCUUGGUGGACCAGCAACAACAGAUUCAAAGUGUGUAUACUACUAUGAGCCCGACUCGAUCCAGCUAGCAACGAACGUUUCGUAUGAUGGCAUGGCCCAAUUUGUAGGUCCUAAUUGGCCGUAUGUGGAGACAGACGCAGGUUGUGCAGUUAGCUUCGACGAUUCGGUUCCAGCGGAUUCUAUCUUCCGAAUGGACGGAUAUGUUACUAUUUCUGCCUAUGAGGGUGUGUUGUUCGGUGGACUGCCUACCUAUUUCUGGCCUGAUGACACUCCGGGAGUAGGCCCUGCUAUGGAAGGUCUUACGUGCGUAUGUAAUUUCGGACCCUGGUCAUCAGUUGACGAGACUGGUCAAGGUGCACACUUUGAAGUGGAGCAAAAGUACCCAGAGAUAGAAAUGGAUAGUGCUGAUAUGUUAUCCAUGGUGCAAACCGAUGUAGUGACACAGACAGAUGAUGCCAGCAUGACAGAGUUCGAAGUUUAAAUGGAUCAAAAGUACAGCAUAUAAAUAUAAACAAAUAUAUCCAACAAUGGUCGCGUGGAUUAACUAUGAGUUUCUGUGUUGGGGAAACCAUGCUGGUAUAUUUGUAGUAACUACUUUUGUACGAGACAAUGAUGCAGUUUCUGACGUACAUCGGAUUUGAAAGGAACAGAUACAGUCAGCAAUAAUGAACCGGAUACAGUAUUCCUCAUUAAUAGUAUCCAUCCUACUAGAUCGGAUGCUGUAUAGUUUGAAAUUGCAAUAAAAAUUGCA